AUGUCUCAUUCCGAUACAGAAGACCAACCCGAGUCAGACGAUCAAGAUAUGACUGAGCAAAUAUCCAAUAUGUCCUUGGUAGAUUCGGAGGAUGGUCCAUGCUCAGAGUGUGACGGCAAAGGCAAGAAGCCCAAGAAGGAAAAGAAGUCGCUCCGGCAGCUGGCAGAGGACGCUGUCUUAAAGAGGAUCUCCGAAUCCGUUGCUGGAGACUCGUCCGCAUCUCGGUACUGCUGUGGGGGAAGUCUUCCGGCUACACCAAAAUCCAAACCUACCACAUUGCGUUGGGAUGAUCCAUCUGAGGAGGGCAUAUCGAGAAAGUGUCAUUUUCCAAUGGAUUCCGACUUGGCGGCGAACAGAGUUGUAGCCAUUGUAAAUGGAAUCUGCAAAGCCUCCGACAAGGAUGGCAACCUUGAUGCAGAAAAUUUCUCAACCAACUUCGAUCCGCACGGGAACGGAAUCGUAGAUAUCAUUUCUCAACUUCUGUUGCCCGGUUUCCAAGCUCAGAAGCCGAAGAAACGACCAGAACAUCGUGGCAUCAAAGCAACUUUGACCAACCUCCAUGUGUGUUCAGCUGAAACUGCUCCUGUCUACAAAACCCGCGCUGUCUCGCCACCCAAGUCUGACUUUGGUAAGCUUGUGAUCUGUCUUCCACAUCCACACGAAGGUGGCAGACUUGAGAUCUUGCGCAGCCCCCGGUCUACGUCCUUUGACUGGAGCGAUUCCUCUUCCGGUGCUAGAAAGAAAAAUAACAUUAAAUGGGCAGCGUUCAUUGGAGAUUGCGAAUUCCGAAUCUAUCCCAUCAAGGAGGGACAGCAAUUCAGCUUGGUCUAUACCUUAUCCCUGACCCAGAGCAUUGGUAGGACGCUCGACGCUAGACCCAUCAUACAACUGGCCAGUCUUCCUUUCUAUCAGGCCGUCAGAGAAAUACUCGAACAACCGGGGUUCAUGCGCAGAGUGUUGCCACUCUUCGACACAACUCCGUUGGAUGCUGCAGAUGAAGCACUAUUCGAAAUGGAAGCCAAGAUCUGUAGAGACGAUCCCGAAAAUCACAUUGCAAUCGAUUUCGAUCACUGGCAAUGCACGAAAUGCCAUGAAGGCUACCCAACUUUGGAAGAAUACAGAGAGUGCAUGAAGAAUCGAGAAGAUCAAAUCAGCAGAGUUGGAAAAGAACUAUACAGUUUCCAAAUUGGAGAGAAGAAAGACAAGGACUACCGAUUGCACGUACGAGGAGGAAUUGAUUACCGAGAAUGGCAACGAGAGCUCGUUGAUGAGGGACUUCGGAAAGACUGGCCUUGGGCGGAGUACAAGAGUGUUCGCUGGUUGAAUCAACCUCCUGGCGAGAAAGAAGAAAACCGAGAUCUGGCACUCUUGAAUUUCAUUGAGGAUGUUGACUCGGAGGACGAGCUAUACCACGGAGAGGGCGUAAAAUUUGAGACGUUCGACUCACACCUGGUCAUACUUGCUCACAUUCCAGCGCCGCGUAAGAGAAAUCUGAAGGGGAAGAAAUAA